AUGAAAUUAUUCUUUUUAACACGAAACUAUGCACGUUGCUUAUCUUCUAUAUGUGGUGGGUUUUUAGGAAGUUUUAUUUUCUAUAUAGCAUUAGAUAUUUUUACGCGUAAAUCAUUUAUUCUUAAAACCCUCGACAUUAAUUACCGUCAACGACCUGAGUGUAUAUGUUCAAGACCUAAAUUACCACAGUUGUCUUCUCAUAUCUUAUUAAAUGAAAAACAACCAUCAUUCUGUAGUCUUUACAGUUCACAACGUGGACCACAUCAACGGAUUAUUUCAAUUAGUCUUUCCGGGCCAAACGGAGUUCAAAAAUUUGAAAUUCAUCGAACACUGAACUAUCUUAAGCUUCUUAUAAAAGAUGUUCAUACAAUUUAUUCCGAUGGAUAUAUAUUACGUGUUUAUCACGAUGAUAAAAUAAAUGCAACGGAUAUUAUUUGUCCAAUUGAAUGUGAACAUUCAAACGUUGAUUUUUGUAAUAUGCAAAAUAAAAUGUUUAUACCACCAGACAUUUGGCGUUUUAUACCUGCUGGUGAUCCACUAGUUGAUAUUAUGAUAAGUCGUAAUCUUGAGUCAGCUUUGACAAAACGAGAACGUGCAGCUGUUAAUGCAUGGUUAGCUUCAAAAAAAUCAUUUCAUGUAAUGCGCGAUCAUCCUACACAUAAAAUGCGCAUGCUUGCCGGUAUGUGGGGUUUUCGACCAUCUUUAAAUCGAUCUUUAUCUCGUUUAAUACUUAAUAAAAUUCAUAACCGAGAAUUAAUUAAGCAAUAUACUGAUCGUGCUGAUCAAUUAUUUCUUUCUUCUCAUGUUUGGCCAUUUGCAACAUCAAGUCUACUUAUUCAUGACAGCUUCUAUUGUAUGAGUAAAUUGGGACAUAAGACAGAACCAUUUCCAACACAACGACCAUCAGCUAACGCAACAAACUGUUAUGUAGGCUGUACACGAACAUGUUGUGGUCACGGAAAACUACCAUUUGGACCUUGUCCAAAACAAUGUCGACCAAAAAACCAUCCAGAAUGGACUUAUUGUUAG